AUGGCCGUGUGGCCAGGAGGCCCUCGAGGCCGAGGACUUCUGGCUUUUGCCAUCGCGGCAUGGUCUUCCAUUCAGGCAUUCGCAGCGGAGCACAAGGUGGUCAGUUUGAGCGAGGAGACCUUCGCAAAGACGAUCCAGCGAGGGCAGCGUGCGUUGGUAGCCUUCGUCACGCCCUGGUGCUUGGCCUGCCGGCUGUUGAUGGCUGAGCUCGAGAAGCUGCACGAGGCUUUGCAGCCUCAGGUUUUGGUGGCGCAGUGCGAUGUCUCAAAGGAGACCGGGCUUGCAAACCUCUACAGCGCUUGGCGAACACCGCUCGUGGUCCUCUUUCCGGACACGGAGGUUUUGCUGCCUGGUCUGCAGGUGAUCUACGCUGGUCAGAUGCACUACUCGUCACUGCUGAGCUUUGUGAAUGCAGGGCCGUGGCCCCCACAGCUACGAUCACCUGCAGACCUCGAGGAGGUGGUCCGGGAGAGCGGUCGUGCAGGAACCUUCGUCGGGUUCUUUCGCUCACCGGAAGCCGCUGGGCACUUGCAGGACUUGUGGCCUCUGGACUGCCUUCGGCGCCACAAUCGUGCCUUCACCUUUGCCAGGUGGGCGAAUGAGACGGACCGAAACACAUCGAGAGGAGAAGAGGAGCUUUGGCGCUGGGCGGGACUGGGUGCCCGAAAGGCGCUACGAAUCAAGGAGGUUCAGGAGGGACAGCUGCUGAAGCAGGAGAUCGAAUUGGACUCGAACACCGGGUCUGCAGACCUGUCGCCUGUGGAAGCUGUCGUAUAUGUCCGAGCAGACGAGGAUGCGUGCCAGUUUGCACCCUCCGACAAAUAUGUCAUGUACCAGGAAGGCGGCUCUUCUUCGUCUUCAGCGAGGAUCACACCCUCAAGCUGGAGGGAACGAGUAGAUGCUUUCUGCGCUUGGUGCGAGCGCCAAGUGCUGGGCCCUGUCGCCGUGUUCGAUGCGCCGCGCGCCGCGGCGCUGGAUGGAACUUUUGAUUGGCUCCUACUCCUCUUCGCACCGAAGGAUGUCACCGAGGACCAGGAGGGCGAGUCUGCCUUCCUCCGCGAGCGAAGACGCCUCGAACGCUUUACUUCAGCGGCCUGCGCGAAGGACCGGCGAUAUGGAGAGGUUCUGCCCGUGAUUGUCCCAUGGGGUGGUGAGGACAUUCUGGCUUUUCGGGCCUCUUUCGGCCUCGGACCGCAGGACCCUGCUCUUCCACUACCGCGGCAGGGAGAAGGCGGAGACUUGAGGACAGGUUGCCGUGCGCUGCAAGACGCCGACACCGAGGACACCGAGCCUGGCCGUCGACGGCGGCUGGUCCUCUUUGCCACCUCGCUCUUCAACACGCGCACGCGAAGGAAAUAUCCAGCUCCUGGUGGCGCAGGUUGGUGCCCGGGCGAUGAGCUCGCCCUUUGCCUCUUCACGGAUGCUGUCCUGGACGGGAAGGUUUUGCCUCAGAUUCGCUCCACGAAGAGGUUUCCAGAGCCUGAUGUCGCUUCGCCAGGGGUCAAGGAGCUCUUCGGCUCCUCCGUGGAGGUGGAGCUGCUCCAAGCCGUGGCGCAGCGCCGAGCCGAGGUGCUACUGCUCGUUUAUGCACCCUUCUGCAGUCAUUCGCUACAUUUUUUCGCACUUUGGCGACAAGUCACCGAUGCGAUGCAUGCGAUGACAGGUCCGUCCCUCAAUGCCUCUGCGCCGGUCCUUCAGAUGGCGCAGAUGGACGGUAUGCAGAACGAGCAUCCGGCUCUACCGCCCAUUCGGCAGCUGCGGCCUUAA